AUGCAAUGGAUCAUCUCAGUAUCCAUUGGGGGUCCCUGCACCAAUCCCCAACAGAUGCUGAUGGGUGACUGUAAUCAUUCUCUGAGAUCUACUCUGUCAGAGGUAGAAUAUAUUUUUAAUUUAGAAACCUGGUCUUUUUCUCUGCAGAGCCGAAAUGAAUAUAUUGCUCACCUCAAGGACCAGUUGCAAGAGAUGAAGGCAAAAACUAACUUGGAAAAUCAAUACAUGAAAAAAAAUACUGAGCUGCAGAUUUCUCAGACCCAGAAAAAAUGUAACAAAGCAGAGGAACUCUUGCUAGAAGAGAUUGAGAAACUAAGGAUGAAAACUGAAGAAGAGAACCGGAUUCACAUGGAGAUUGAAGUGUUCCUGAGAAAAGAGCAGCAAAAACUUGAAGAGAAGCUGGAGUUCUGGAUGGAGAAAUUUGAUAAGGACACAGAAGCAAAACAGAAUGAAUUAAAUGCUCUCCAGGCUGCAAAGGCCAGUGACCUAGCACACCUUCAAGACCUAGCAAAGAUGAUAAGGGAGUAUGAGCAGGUCAUCAUUGAAGAUCGUAUAGAAAAGGAGAAGACGAAGAAGAUACAACAGGAUGACUUGGAACUUAAGAGCAUCAUAAAGCUCCAGGCCUGGUGGCGAGGCACAGUGAUACAGGAAAUUGGAAGUUUCAAAAUGCCUAAGAAAGAGAAAGAUGAUACCAAGGAUUCAAAAGGUAAAGGCAAGGACAAGGAGAAACGGAGAGGCAAAAAGUGACCAAUUACCUUUUGUCCUUUCCUCUGUUAUUCUGGAGAAGG